AUGGAUGGUAGUAAAGAGAAGGGUAAAGGUAGAUUUGGGUUUUUAGACAUGUUCAUGGUUGGGGGGAAUGAACUAGAGGGCAUGGAUGAAGAAGCUCUGCUAAAAAUAGAGUAUAAAUAUUUUUCCAAGGAUGAUGGAAAAUAUGUCAGAACCACAGUAUGUACGAUUCUACAAAAUGGUAUAAGACAAUUAACUGAUUCGGGCAUUCGUUGUUUUGGUAGUUGGGUUUCGGUCAAUAUUGUAGAGGCAAAUAGAUGGGUAUCUCAACAUGAACAUUAUAAAGUUUAA